AUGUAUCAUUCUCGGGAUCAAAAUUUUGUUCUGUCAAAAGAUGAUUUACUGAAUUAUAAAGCACAUGGUUUAGUUGGUGAUACAGUUAAAGUGAAAUAUGAUAAUGAAAUAUUUAGUGGUAAAAUAUUAUUUGCUGCUGAUGAUGAAAAAUCAAUUGAAUCAUAUACAAUAAUACCAACAUCAUCAUCAAGAAAACGUCGACGAAUAAAUACAACACCACCAAAAUCUACUGCAUCUCCGAAACCUUUUACAGAUAAGCAAAUCUCAUCAAAUAUUAUUGAUCAACUUAAUGCUUGCCCAAUAUUACAUACAUUAGAUCAAAAUGUUAAAGCAUUAGAUGAUGAAAUGAAAUACUGUUUUCUAAAUAUGAACCAAAUCAAAGAAGCUACUAGAAUGGCUAACAGAAAUCAAAAGGAAUCUCAUGAACAAGAAACACAAACAGAUGAACCAUUUCCCAGUAUUCGAUUAAUAACAGAUUAUGGUAGUGAAUUUUGCCAAGAUAAUAAUGAUUUUAAUGAUGACGAAGAUUGUUAUGAUUUACAAACGUUAAAUACACAAAUAAAACAGCAUGCUAAUAUAGAAUACGACAAUAAUCGUGAUACAGCUAGUUCAAGACCGACAUUACCUCUCGAAAAUACAAUUACAAUAGACUCAAAUCAUGCAUUAUUGACACAAGUAGUUGGGAUUUUACUUGUUAAUUGUAUACAAACUGAUCAAACAUUAAAUUCAGAUUGUAAUUCUACAAGACACUUACUACACCAUCUUACUAAUUCUUCAUAUUCGUUUCAUGAACUAGAAAAAGGUUCAAUUGAUGGAAAAAUUUCUCGUACUGUAUCGUUGUCAGUAUCACGAAUGAUCACUAUCGAUAAUCAUAUGUUAAAACUUUAUGGUUCAUAUUAUGAAACGUAUCGUAAAUCAAAACUUUGUGCUGCUAAACAACGAGAAUCAUUUAGAGCUCAAAAAUCAUAUUUAUCAAACGAUAAAACUACCGCAUUAACUACCACAUAA